AACAUAAUUUAUGUCGAAAUAGGCUGCAAUUGUUUAGUUUAAGUGUAUUUUGCAUCACAAUAAGUAUUUAGUGAAGAUGAAAUUAGUUUUUAUUCAUGGAUUUUACAUUCUCUCAGCUGUAUUGUACCAGAUUUCGGACUACUUUUUCCAUUUCUCCAAUAACGGUUUAUGAACCAAGUUCAUCUGCUUAGAUACAAACUAUGGACAGUAAGAUGAAAGAUGAAAAGUUUGAACAGAAUUAGCUUAGAUGCUGACCGGUGAGACACUGAAGAAGGUCUGAGCAUAAAAAGCAAUCAGCCAAAAGGAGACUUCCAACUUUGUCGCGUCAGCGCAGUGGUGCAUUCUCUCACAUAAUCGUGUCAUCAUUUAAGCAAACAGUGAUUUUCCUUCUACUGAAAUUUAUCAUCAUCUUGGCGUUUUAAUGCCGACUGUAGAACGAUCUACUGAUCAAGUCGUCAGAUAGGACAUUAUGUCGACGGAAUAAAUUGGGCCCAGGAGAGCAUUUGUACAUGUUAAGAAUCCAAUACUUGUUUAAGAGAAGAAUACUGGCAAAUGAGAGAUCUCUCACUAGAGAGUUGACAGCCUCGUAGCUCUGUUAACAACAUAAAGUGUCUUUAAACUACGGAUAUUACAGUAUCUGCUAAAAACGGAGACAAAUAGGCAUUUCAGGGAUUUUGAUACGAAAACCGUUGCAUUCUCUGCAGAAAAAUGUAAGGAAUUAAAUUUUGCAAGACAUUGCUCAAUUGGAAAAUGUGUCUUAUAUACACAGUAUCGACUUUAAUGAAAAAAUAAAACAUGGUCAUUGGGAUAUUCAAGCAGUGGAUUUCUUCUGGAUUAUAACAUGUAUGUGCUAUAUACAUUAAAAAUGCGGCAGCAGUUGUUUCCAUGAAAAUAUCUUACCUUAAUACACGGAUAUAAAUCGCGAGUAGGGCUCAAAAAAGUAGUAGCCCGAAAUUGUUUUUAUCUGGCAUUGAAAUUAAAACGUUACUAAACAAGUUUUUACCUAUAAUAUAUCAAUGGAAAUAACAACUAAAAUGGAUAAUGUAACGGACAUGACCUCGCUGUCACCGACCGGUGGCAUAAACGAACCGAAGUAUUUAGAUCAUACCACUUACAAAAAUUUACAAACUCUUAGAGUACGAUAUGCGGAGAUCCACGGAUAUAUUAGCGUCUUGGUGUGUUUGUUUGGUAUCAUUGCUAAUAUCGCAAAUAUUGUUGUUCUGAACAAGAAGCAUAUGCGAACGUCAACAAAUGUUAUCCUUAUGUGGCUGGCUGUAGCGGACUUGUGCACAAUGACGGAAUAUGUUCCGUUUGCUUUGAGGUUCUAUAUAUUUAAAGACCCGGACCUUGAAUUUCCGGAUAAUAAAUCUUACAGCUGGAUGUGCUACCUGCUAUUCCACGCCGAUUUCAGUCUCACAAUGCAUUCUAUGUCAAUAUGGCUGACAAUAAUGUUAGCUAUAUUUAGAUUCUUGUACGUUUUCCUUCCAACGAAAGGAAGCAUAUAUUGUAGUAUUAAACACGCCAAAAUUAUUAUAAUUACAGUAUACGUUUUGGCCGUGUUAGUGUGUAUACCAAACUAUAUUUCAAAUUAUUGGAGUAAGAGUGUUCGGAAUAUCAGCAAUGAAAACGUUACUGUUUAUACAUUCUCACAGCGAAAAGACGAAGACAAAGACUUUGAAACAGUAUUUGCCAUCAAUUACUGGGUUCAGUCUAUAUUGAUCAAACUGGUACCAUGCUUUCUGCUGACUGUCCUUACGAUCCUACUUAUAACAGCAUUACACAAGGCUCAUAAGAGACACGUGCAUCUGAAAUCUCAGGGCAUGCGCAAGGACGACGUUGAAAAACACCACGAACAUUUUCGCACCACCGCAAUGCUACUGGCCGUUGUCAUUCUGUUUCUCAUAACGGAGUUGCCCCAGGGGAUAUUAACUCUGUUAAUGAUUUUCAUGGAUACUCUGCAUGCAGAGCUUUACAAUCCCUUAGGUGACAUACUAGAUAUUGUAGCAUUGCUGAAUAAUGCUAUCAAUUUUGUGCUGUAUUGUUCAAUGUCACAACAGUUCAGAGACACGUUUGUCGCCACAUUUUGUGGCUGUUUCAAAAGAAACACCAACCCUAACGCUUCAGUCUGGGCAAAACGCCAUCUAAUAACGGCAAAUGGUACGUCAACAAAAACAACAAAUUUGCAGGAAAAUGGACAAAUGGUUUGAAAAAAGUAAUUAUCAAAUGUAUAAACAUAAUACGCACUUUUGGGUGUUGAGUGUACUGCUUUUACUUUGACACUGAUGUUUCUCAAUAUAAAUAAUAUUUAUAUGUUUACAUACAUGAAUUCGCUGUUAUGCUGACCUGCACGUUACAUGUGACUAUGCUAAACGUGUUUAUGUAGUCACCUUUAUGAUCAGAGUAAGUAUUUGGAACUUGGGAACAAACAAAAGAAACAAGGAGUUAGGCCGUACUUCUUUUGUCGGAAACAAAGAUUGGCCUAAAUAUUCUGAAUUGUGAUAUAUAUUCAAAUUAUCUACCACAUACUAGGGAAGAAAUAAGCUGAAAGAUUUAUUGUCUUGUAGUGACGAGGUUAUCGAUUUUGUACAGUCGUCAUUUUUCAAUAUCUACCACUGUGCUAUGCUGUUUUGCAUAUUUAUUAUCCAUAUUGUGAGGACGAUUUCAGAAACAUUGAUCAAGUUGACUGACCGUGGGUUUCUGUUGUGAAUAAACACAGUGUGAUAUACUUGUAGAUAUAUAAUUUGUAAAACACUGUACAGAUACACAAUCGUUUACUGUUUGGUUUAAAUCUUACAUGAACGAGUUGCUAUACAUUGACGAUUACCGAACAUACCCGGUUGUUCUAGAGAAAAAUAGAAGACAAUGUUUGACGCUAGCAAUUAGAAAUAUCCGCUGGGUAACCUUACAAAGCACAAUUGUUGCCGUUGUUUACUUUGGUUUCAGUUCUCGACCUGUUUCACUAUGCAGGCAGUUUCCACAUUCAGGCUAAGAUUGCCAAUUAAUUAAGUCCAACUUACCAACUCUUGUUAAUCAAGACAUUGCUAGACUGAAACUAACAAAGCCGACAAAUCCAUGGCUAUUGGCAAGACAGAGUCUUACAUAAAAUCCAUAGCAUUAUAAAACGUAAGAGGCAAAACUAAGACUUCGUGUAUGUUCUGUUUUCGUGUACUGUCAAACAUAAUAAAAUGUGCUGCCAACUGAAGUUUUAUCCUAAGUUCAGUUGCAUAUCGACUAUAUAACUUUGGUCUGCGCUGAUUUUGUACAGGUCAUAACGCCACUUUAGUUUCCAUGACGAUAUGAAAUUAAUACAGAAAGCUAACACCCUGCACAAACUCUUUAAGGAUGAGCCAACUUCUGUUUUCUUGAGCGAUUUCGUUAUAAAAACAUCUUCUUGUGACGGUCUCACAUACUUGAAAAAUAUCUCCAUUAUUAAUAUCAAAAAUGUGUCUUUCAAAAACAAGAUUGCAUAAUUUUGAAAAAUAAAAAUAAAAAAGAAGUUCGGAAUGUUUUUAUGUCGUCACUGACUUUAAUACAGCAAAAUUUAUUGAAGCCCUCGAAUUUGCCCGUUCUUACGUAUAAAGGUAGGAUAAACUAAUAAACGUUUGGUAUUUUUCAGCAGCCAGGUAUAUUCAGUCACUCAAAAUCAAUUGCUAAAUACAAAUUCUAACAGGUGAUAAAAAUUCCAUAGUAUUAAGUCCUAAUGGCCGUAAGUGAUUAUUCCUCUGCUUAUCAUACACAAAUAGACAAUAGAAAUAUAGCUUGCAAUUAUCAAGGCCAUGUUUUAAGGUAAAUUGUACCUUUUUAGAUCAACAUUGUGUUUACCGAUCCAACCCUUCCCAAUACACACUAUAAUGUUGGUCGACCAAAACAAAUGACGUGUCUCUGAAAUAAAAAAAAAAAUCUAGUUUCCUGACAUCGAUCGUCUGUUAAAACUAAGUUUCCCAACGCCCAGUUGUACAAUAAAUGACAGGGAUUGCAAUUACUAGGUGAAAUAUUGUCGACAACUUUAUUUUGUAACUAGAAAAUGGAAAAGUUGUGAAACGCACACACAAAUGUAAAUUUCUAGGAAUGUUUGGCAGUUUUAUUCAAAUCAUUUAGAUUAAAACCAUGAUCGUUGCCAUAGCUGCGUCUGGUUUUAAAUCCUUGGAAAAGAAAUCUAUUUUUUUUAUGUGGAUUUUUAUUCAGUCAUUCAAAGUCUUGAUGUUGACUUAAUUUUUACGCACAAAGUGACUGCGUCAUGACAUCAUCUAGCUAAGCUGCGAUAUAGGUAUGAUACAUGUCGGGACAACCGACUAUGGCAGAUUUUAACCAAACAGUAAGAUCAUCUUGCGAAGUCUUUCGUGAUAUGUUUAUAGUAGUGAUAGAAUCUGUGAUGUUCAAAUAGUGAUAUGUUCUCACGUGUUUGUUUUACUGCACAUUAGUCUGGUCUGCACGUUGUCUUUUAAUAUUUCAAGUUUUUUUUUCAGAACAUGAGGAUGUUCCCCACAAGUAUGAAUUAUCCGAUUGUCUCAGAGCUCACAAAUACUUAUUUAACAUGGCCUAAAUUGUUUGAUGCCUUUAUUUGAGUCAACAUUCUCAAAUCUGCUUAUGUCUGCUUAUAUCUACUUCAUUGUAGACAAUUUAAAACUCAUUGUUUCUACGUUUUGAGGCAUUCAAACAAAUAGUACAGUGUAAUACAUUACAUUAUUUAAGGAUAUAGGACCAUGUUUAUCUUUAGUUAAGUACUUUCAGCUUAGAUAAUAUUACUUUUAGCUCAGGCAUUUAAUAGCAGAAACGGCACAUGUCACCGCAUUCGUGUUUUAUUUAAUAGCGCAUUUCCUUCUUGCACUGUUCAAGCAUUUUUGAAAUUAAGUAAGGUUGAAAACAAAAUGGAGAUACUCUAUAAAACAUGUGAUAUACCACUUAAUGUUAUAGAGAUUUCACGACUUACAGUUUACUAUGAAUACAUUGUGAUAUCAGUGUUAUGUAAGGAAAAAUGUCACAACAAAUCUUUUCAUUUUUACAUGUUGAUAUAAUUACCCACCCACUUUUUUCAAUGUAAAAAAAAGUAUUUAAAUCUACAGAAAAGUUUGUAGUUAAGAUUUUAAAAAUAUUUUUUCUACUUCAAUGACACACAAAAUUUCUUCAAAAUAAAAAGAAAAAUGUUGGGAUUUCCGUGCAUCUAAGAAAUAUAUCUAGAAGAAACCUUUAAAAGCUGUUGAGUUUUUUUCAAUUUACCAGUAUGCUAUAAUAGAUAAUAUAUAAUGUUAUGAUGAAAACUUUUAUUUCAGUUGUAGCUUAUCAUUAUGCAUGUAUAUAUCAAAAAAAUAUCAGAAAAAAACCUGAUUUACAUAAAUAGAUGUUUGCAAUCACCGACCUUACCCACAUUGUACAUUUUACAUCAGAUUAUGGCAGAUGCCGGCCAAAAAUAAGUUUGAAUUUCUUUUUCGCAACAAAUAGAAUCUAUUUUGUUAAAUGUUACAUUAUAACCCAAAAUGGAUGAUUUAGCAUUUAAUUUCGGCAUAAAUGUUUCAGUAAGAAAUGUACAAUCAACGCUCGUACAUCCUAAAGCAGUGAGAGUAUCACGCUACAAGUCACGUGAACAGGGAGACACUUAUUUUAAUUGUCUGAUGAAAGUCCUAGUAUUUUUUGCAUUGUUUUUUUUUUUUGUAACAGCUACCCCCGUUAAGAUAUAAAAUUAAUUGCAAAAUGGUGUUCACUACUACAUGGUUUAAAAAGGUUUCCAUUGCAAAUUUAUUGUGUAGAAAAUAUUGAAUUAAAUUAAACGUUUAAAACGAAAGACGUCCAAAUAUGCAUCACAAUACACGGAGAUAAGCACAAAUAUAGAUCACGAUAUAGUAGUUUUUAGUUGGGUAUACAAUACAUGGCUAUGUCCAGUAUCAUGUAUUUCAUUUCCAAAAAAGCUUAGUGGUUUGUUUCUGUUUCCAUUCACAUUGUUUAACGUAGUCAAAUGCAUGUAACAGCUUCUAUUGAAAUAGCAAACGUUUUCACGUUGCAUCUCUACGCAAACGCGCACACCUUUUCGCUGUCGUAACAAAAUGAUUUGUUUAGAGUUUCCGGUCAAUACUUGGUAUAAUCUUCAAAAUUAUCUAAUUUGAAGCUGUAUAUAUUUUAUCGAAGAAAAUAUAUUUGUAGACGAUAUUCAAGAGUGAAUGCCGCAUAUACCUCAGUAUAUCACAUUCCUUUUUUUAUUUAUAAUUCCUUACAAUAGACUAAUAAUCUGUUCGGCACAAUGACGAAACCGAAGGGAGUACCUUUCUUUCAAUAUGCAUGCUAAUGACAUGAUUUAGAUAAUUUCUACUUCAUUAUUUUCACAGUAUGAUUCAGCCAAAACUUGGAAAAUGAAAAUAUAUACGGGCCGCAAGACAAUAUACGUCAAAUAUAUUUAAUCAUAACUAAAAUAGGAUUUCUUAAAAGGAAAAUAAAUGCUUACACGAAGUUACAUUUCCUCAAUAAUAUUUUAGUUCAGAUGGAAUGCUUGACAUUAAAUUGAUAAACCCUCAUUACUCUGGCAUGAUGUGAAUAUUAAGUUACCGUAUGAAUAUUUUCAUGAAUAUUAGAAAACACGAUAUCAUUGCUUUGGUUUAAUGUAAUGUAGUUAAAAACGUUUUUGUCUCAUGUGGUUUUGGAACUACUUGUAAACGAAUAGAAUUGGAAUGAUCGUUAAACGACUUUUGCCUGAACAUUUUACUUUACUAAAUCCAUGCGAUUAAUUAUAAGGUAUUAGCUCUGUGUCAGAAGAUAUGCGCCAGUUCUGCAGAGUAAAUGUUGACCUACUUUAUAAGCGCCUAUCAGUAUGAUUAAAUAAUAAUAAGGAAUAUAUAUAUAUAUAUAAAACGCGUGCAUAUUUUUUUCAUGCAAAGCUGAUUAUCUUUUUGUUACAUCCAUUACCUACAUAUGUUAAUUAAGAAAAAAUACAUAGUAGAAUCAUGUUUUACCAUAACGUAACAAUACGAGGAGGUUAUACGCAUGUGGACUAGUUUCACGAGGGCGUAGCUUGAGUCAAUUCGCUUCUAAUAGGUUUCUUAUGUAAACAAGUAAAUGAAGUAGGGAAGCAAUAUUUCAUGGCACGUGUAUGGCGCUAAAUACAGUAGGUCGACGUGACGUCUACGCGUAACUGUUUUUAAACAGUGAUAAAAUACGGGAAGUAACACAUCCAACGGAUUGGCUUAGGAGUGCGUAGACAUCGGGUGAGUUGUCCUCGCGCCAGAUAACCCAUGCAGUGUGUGUGAAGUGUAUCGCCAUUCCGUUCUGAUAUAGAAGCACUAUUCUCGGCGCAAAUAAUUCGUCGACGUGAUGUCAGAUUUGCGUAAUGUGCAUAGAUUUUUCAAAUUAGAAUAUUAUAUAAAUAUUACGAGUUGUUCAACAACCUUAAUAUAAUUGACGAUACUGGCGUAAAUGAAAUAACGAAACAAUACACAUUAAAAUGUCGUCACGCACCAGAUAUGAAAUUCAGAUUUCAGUUUAGAAAAUUAUUAAAGUUAACGAUUCCAUUGUGACUUUGUGGAGAAUAAAAGGGAGUAUGUUGUAGAAGUGUUUAGUCAAUACGUAUUUUUUCUUUCAAUGUUAAUGAGAUGCGAAACCAAAGUUUUUAGUCCUGCUUGAUGCGCGCCGUAAAACUCAAAUUAGUUAAUCAACAAAUAAGAACGCUCCUUGAGUUUUACUUCAAAAAUACAGAACAAAAACUGAGUCAUAUCAUAAAGGACUAUAUCUAUAAGACACUCUCAGUAAUAUAUGUUCUUAACAUCUACUUCCGGUACCAGACAACACUUUGUUUUAACUGAAUACUGUUUCUCUCCGAACAAAUAUAUUGUUAGUGCAACUAUUUCCUGAAAAGAACGUACGAGUUAAACCACUGUUUAGAACAUGUAUCACGCUUGAAAAAUAAUUUCAGAAACUUUCUUGUGUUUGUUAACGGCAUAAUUUAGAAAACGUACAGUAAAAUAGUGUUCAAAAAUUAAAUUACUGUUACUAUUGUUUCAAGCUCUCACAGAAAUGUCUAAAAUGUUGUUAUAGUGUUAAAGUUAACAACUUGUCAUCUUUAUAUAAUAGAUGGUAGAUGUAUACAGGUUAGAAAUACGUAGGAAUUAACAAAUUACUCUGAAACGAUUGUAAUUUAUAUUUCUAGGCGGAAAUAGAUGUCUAUGUUUCAGUUUAUCUGACUCCAAUGGUCUUGUUAAAACACGCUUACUCACCACACUGGUUUAACUUCAAUGAUAAAACUUUGGUCUGGUUUAACACAAUCUGACUAAAGUACUUGAUCUUCUAAACGAAGAUCUGAGAACGACCCAUUCACAUUCGUCUUCUGUAUAUUUUGGAUUUCCAGUAUUGCUAUUUUUAUUUUAUCCAAUCAGAUGACUUGUUCGAAUGUCAAAGAGUAAGAAAAAUGUGCAGUUAUUCCAGGGCUCGAACCCGGGACCCCUCGCUUACAAAGCAAGUGGCCUACCGACUGAGCUAACCGGCUAUCUGAUACAAUAGGACAUAAAAAUUGUAAAUAUCAAAAGUAAAGGCUACAGGUAGAUUUGCAGGAUGUUGUAAGUUAGGCUCUGAUUGGCUGGCGAAAGGGUCGUCAGAACGAGGCAAUGAAUAGGUCGUUCUCAGAUCCUAUGCGUAGCGUAAUAGGAUAUGUACUUUAGUCAGAUUGGGUUUAACAUUACGACAGUAAAACAGAUCAACCUCAUUCAAAUAUUCAGCCAAAGUGUCUGUUUUGGGAGCAAAGUGACAAAUAAAAACGGACGCUUCUGUUGCACAGCAUAAGUGAACAGUUUGAACAGGAAAAGGUUAUUAUGACAUUGAAACAUUACGAGAGAAGAAUUGUAGAAUCACACCUUAAAAUGAUUUUUAUUCCUUUACAGGCGCAUAUGACGUCUAAGACGCUCAAACAUCAUGGUCAAUAAACUUUUCUCUUGAAUUAUCUGCUGCCAGACACGAAUUCCCAGUUGAUUCAUUGACAUCUAUUUUUACCUACAUGCACUUACAACAGUCAAUGUACAUGACGUAGUAUUAAAAUUGUGACUGCUGA